AUGCCAUCCCAACGACCUUUCUUCCUCACGAGCGUCUUCGCCGCCUUUCGGCAACAGACCCAACCGUUAGCCUCGACGUCAUCACAACAGCCGGGGAAGCAAUCAUCUACGUCGACGUACUCGACCGCGGCGGUUGCCAGGAGCACGCAGCCGCAGCAGCAGUCCUCGGCUACGUCCUCGUCCUCGUCAUCUCAACAGCAAACACAGCCCGCCACCGCCGGGGCGUCGCAGCACCAUCAGCAGUCCAGCCCUGGCGUACAGUCUCCGCGUACCGCGACGACCGGCAUUCCGAUCCCCGCUCCUGGGCGCAGGCGUGGCAGCGACAGCAGCACAGAGGGCUUUCAGAACGUGCGAGGGGCGGAAAAGUGGUACGUCGGCGGCAGGACGGCGACGGGCGAGGAGCGUUUCUUCAGGCUGGGCGUCAUACGGCGGGUGCGCAGCGGUGAUCGAUUGAGUCUAGAUCGACUGAGUUUAUGA